AAAGAUGACGUUACCAGUUGCAGAAUUUUAUUUUUAUGGGUUUACAUAUUGCAUUAUUUACAUUUUUUGCAAAUAUAAAAUUAAAUUGAAAACAAACUGUGAUCCAAAGGUUAUCCAUUUGUGUUGUGUCAUCAACUAGAUUUUUUCUGUGAUAUAACUACUAGUCUAUAUUUUUAAAAUUUAUUAUAAAUUCACUGUAUUUACCUCUGCACUUUAGUACUGAAAAACUGAAAUAAUUAGAUUAAUACAGGUCUACAAUAAUUGUACAAUUUAAACUAUGGCAAGAAUUGCAUUCGAAGCAAAACAUCUUAUGGCAAUGAUAGAAUCAUCUUCAAGAUUUGAAAAAUGUAUGAGAACCUUAAAAAUAGACAGUCUAGGUAAAGGUAAAUGUACAGCCUCACUAAUGGUGUCUGAAGAACACACAAAUCCAAUGGGGACAAUGCAUGGAGGAUUCUCGGCAUCAUUAGUAGAUAGUAUCUCAAGUUGGGCUCUUCUUACACAUGAAAAAGGAAAUUGUUUUAGUGUAUCAGUUAAUAUGAAUAUGACCUACUUGCAAGGAGCAAAAGAAGGUGAAGAGGUACAGGUUGAAGCCAAUACAAUUAAAGUUGGAAGGACACUGGCUUUUCUUGAAGUUUUUAUCAAAAAUAAAAGUAAUGGAAACAUUUUAGUCAGAGGUGAACAUACAAAAUUUUUAAAGAGAGAGUAGCAUGUCAUAUUUGGGUUUAUUAAUAAUUUCAUUUGUAAUUUUAAAAUUCUAUUAUUACAAAUUGUAAAAAGGUAGGUAUUAUUUGUGAUUAUUGGCUAGGUUUUACUUAAUGUAUAAAAUCUCUAAUUAGUCAAAUAUUAUUUUUACAUCACUGAUCACAUUUGUAGCAUGGGUGGCAAAUUACUUUAAAGUUAGUUCAAAUUUUGAUUGCUAGGAUCCAAAUUAUUGAUUUUUUGUUAUACAUAAUUACCUACUAUAAAUUAAAAUGAAACUAAGUCACUGUAGAAAUACGAAAGUAGUAACUAAAAUAAAAAUAUGUACAUAGUAGAUCUGAUCAGAUCACCUGAAAGAUGUUAAAUUAUAACAAAAUGACAAACUUUUAACAUUACAAUGAAUAAAAUUUGAUUUUUUUAUUUAUGAAUAAUGUACAAAGUUGUUGAUGUAACCAGGAAAUAAUAUUGGAUAAAGGCAGCAUAAUAUAGGUAAAAUUUUAUUUAACUUGUUUGUCAAGUAAUUUUACUUUUAUUAUGUAAUAUAAGUACAAACCAAUGGUUUUUGAUAAGUGCUAAAACUGAUUUUACAUUGUUAUUAUUUCCAACAUGACAUAAUUAAGUAAUCACAAUUUUUGUCUGUUUUUACAGUACAUCUACAAAAAGUAUUAUAUGUGCAUUAUUAACUCAAAAAUAUUGGUGGUUCAGAUUUUCUUUUUUAAAAUAUGUGCCUGAAAGUUAAAUUAUUUGUACAAAAGCUUUGAAAAAAUAUAUGUUGG